AUGGACAAGAGAUGGAUGCAGUAUGACCGAGGGAACCCUGAAUACCAACAAGGAAUUCUAGAUUUUUUGUUAUUUGUACUUGAACAUGCUGAUGGCAGAACUGUACACAGGUGUUCGUGUGUUGAAUGUCAUAAUACUAAGUGGAAGACGAUUUAUGAAAUCCACGAACGCCUGAAUACAAGAAGUAUUAUGCGUAGUUAUACUACAUGGAGUCUACAUGGUGAAACAUUAGAUAAUGAACCUACCUUGGAAGAAAUCCGAGCGGGAUACUUUCAACAUGCUGGCUCAUCCAGCAGUAGUUUCGACCUUUAUGUGGAUCCUUCUAUGAACAUUAUACAUGAUGCUUUUCCUUCAUUUGCUAUAAGACAUGAGGAAGAGGUUGUUUACGAUACCACUGAUGCAGACCAUGCUUUUUCAAAUGUUGACAAUGAUGAUUACGAUAAGUAUAACAGGCUGCUUGCUAAAGCACAGACCCCAUUGUACCUUGGGUGUAAUGUAACUGUCUUGGGUGCUAUCAUUGAACAGAUUAAAACCAAAGUUGACAGCAAUUGGUCGAAUGUGUCGUUUAACGGUAACUUGGUGAACAUCAAGAAAUUACUUCCUCCAGGAAACAACUUUCCCCACAGCUUUGAUAAGGUACAGAGUAUGUUGAAAGAUCUUGGCCUCGGUUAUGAGAAUAUCGACGCAUGCAAGAAUAACUGCGUUUUGUUUUAUGGAGUCAUCAAGAAAGACCUGGAUUACUGUCCAGUGUGCAAAGCGUCGAGGUGGAAGUCAUCAUCUUCUUCAUCUAAGAAGAAAAGGAUUCCAAAGAAGGUGUUUCGUUAUUUCCCAUUGAUUCCUAGGUUGAAGCGAAAAUGUCUUGAUGUGUACAUGAGACCAUUGAUUGACGAGUUAAAAGAAUUAUGGGAAAAUGGCGUCCCUACUUUUAACUGGUAUAGUCAAACUUCAUUCAGGAUGAAAGCAGCAGUGGUUUGGACCAUUAGUGAUUUUCCUGGAUACGGGAUGUUGUCGUCUCAAACCACUAAAGGUUACAAGGCUUUCCCAAUCUGCUUAGUAGACCUAAAUGCUAGUUGGCACGCUGGAAAGGUGUGUUACUUGGGGAGUCAUACAGGGCUUCCGGAAGAUCAUCCAUGGCGAUUUGAUGCGGCUUCAUUCGAUGGGAAGCAAGAGUUUGGUUUAAAACCCCAAGAGCGGUCUGGUGAGUGGAUUUUGGAUAUGUUGAACUCUUUUGAUUUCAGACGUCUUAGCAGUGAUCCUGACGUGUUAGCUCAGAAUCCAAAACGUCCUUCUAGAUUGGAGAACUGGAAACACAAGAGUAUAUUUUUUGAAUUGUCUUAUUGGAAGAAAUUGAGAAUAAGGCACUGUCUUGAUGUCAUGCAUAUAGAGAAGAAUGUUUAUGACAACAUUGUGAGAACAGUUUUCAGGUUUAAAGAUAAGACUAAGGACACUAUGAAGGCGCGCAAAGAUCUUCAACUCAUGAACAUACGCCCUCACUUGUGGCUAACAACUUCGGGGUCAAUGCCUCUUGCACAUUACAGGAUUAAUCCGGCUAAUGAGAAUGAAAGUUUUCAAAUGGUUUGA